UUUGGGGUGUAUUGGGGGGAAGUUCCCAAGUGUUACUAAUGAGAUUAUAAUAAGCUCCCGCCAAAGAGACGGUCACAUCGGCACGUGGUCGCUGAUUCCGCCAGUUAUUAAACUACUGCGACUUUCCAGUAAAACCGUUGAGACCCAACCCCUCCCCAGCUGUAGCUAGCUGUCUCAAUCCCCCAUGUGACCAUCCCCUCCAAAGCCUCUGGGCCUGAAAAGGAGAAAGGAAAAAUAGAACCCAUUCAGAGAAACAAUGUACAGAAUAGAGACCACCACCACCACCACCACCACCACCACCACCACCACCACCACCGCCACCUCCACCACCAAUCUAGUCUAAUGAGAAGAGAAUCAGCAGAAGCAGGAAAAAGAGAGUUGUUGUGGUGGUGGUUAUUAUUGUGGGUUUCAUCUCUUCACCACCACUCAAAGAAUUGUGUACAAAGGACAUUUCAUAGAGUUUGGUUGGUUGGUUGGUUUGCUUAGUUUUUCCUUUGCUCUCCUCUUAAUUAUUUCUCUACUUCACCUUCUUUUUCAUUCUCUCUCUCUCUCCAUCUCUUUAUCUUUUUAAAUUGUGUGUUGGAAAGAUUAAAUGGCACAGUUGCCUCCCAAAAUUCCAAAUAUGGCUCCCAAUUGGGCUAAUUUCCCUCACCAGAGGAUACCCUCCAUGGGAAAUUUGAUGCCCAACACCACCCAGCAACCUUCUUGGGUCGACGAAUUCCUUGAUUUCUCGGCUGCAAAGCGUGGGGCUCAUCGGAGAUCUGUCAGCGACUCAAUCGCCUUCCUUGAGGCCCCCUUGAUCGAAGAAUGCCGUAAUUCUCCGACCUCCCUGGGGCCUAGCAACAUUGACUUCGACAAGUUGGACGACGAGCAGCUCAUGUCUAUGUUCUCCGACGAUAUAUCCGGGAAUGUACCUCCCACGGUGUCGUCUUCGAAUCCCUCCACGCCUUCGGAUCACAACAGCAUUAAUGACGACAAGCCAACCCACUCCGAUCAGCAGCAAAAGAACGAACCAGCCGAGGUCCAGAGCUCAUGCAAACCAGACCCACAAAUCCCCCCACCCUCAAAUGCCACCGGCGAAUCUAUUGUCGAUCCCAAGAGGGUCAAGAGGAUUCUAGCAAACCGGCAAUCCGCACAGAGGUCACGAGUGAGGAAGCUACAAUACAUCUCCGAGCUGGAGAGGAGUGUAACCACGUUACAGACGGAAGUCUCAGCAUUGUCACCGAGAGUUGCAUUUCUGGACCAUCAACGCUUGGUUCUGAACGUCGACAACAGUGCUCUUAAGCAACGGAUAGCCGCUCUAGCUCAAGAUAAGAUUUUCAAGGAUGCUCACCAAGAAGCAUUGAAGAAGGAGAUAGAGAGACUAAGGCAAGUUUAUCAUCAACAGAAUCUAAAGAAGAUGAGGAAUGCUACACAACCAGCUCCUGACAACCAUGGUUGUACUGAGAAGGAACUGGUGCUGAAUUGAGGGAGAGAGAGAGAGAGAGAGAAAUAGAGAGUAGGACUGAGAGGGGACUGAGGGAGGGAGAGAAGAAGGUUGAGAGGCUGUGGUGCAUUCUGCUAACCUGCUCAUUCACGUGAUGUGUUUCUCUUUGGUGUUAGGUGGGGUCCCUGACAAGGUUAUGAGGUUGGAAGGCAGGAAAAGGACACGUGGGCUUCUCUGAUUCUUGUAUGUUACAAAAGAGAUGGUGGGUGGUGAUUGGGUGAGGAAGAUUGUUUUGCUUGAAAGUGUUUAGGGAAGGGUAGAAGCAAUGGUGGUGAUUCUUUUCUGUAUUUCUAUUAUCAUUGAUUUUUUUUUUCUGUAUUUCUGUUUAAAUUAUUUUGAGAGGGGGAAGGAGGCAAAGCAAUGGAUUGUGGUUUGUGGGCGGGGGUCUUGUGUUGGAAUGUAUGAAAGUCAGGACUGUCAGGGGCCUUUGAUGUCUGAUUGUUGUACCCUUUUUUUUUGUGUUUUUUUUUUUUUUUUUUUCCCUUGGGCGUAAAUAAUGUUCUAUGCCUGUUCUAUUUUUUUUUUUCUCUCAAAAAAUUGUAGAAAAAGAACUUAAAUUUGCUUAAAUUUACUCUGAAAUAUGGCUUAAAUUUUCUCA